AUGUCUGCCGAACUCGCCGUCGUCUACGCCGCUCUCAUCCUCCAGGAUGACAACGUUGAAAUCACCUCUGACAAGCUCCAGACCCUUGUCAAGGCUGCUGGUAUCGAGGUUGAGCCCGUUUGGUUCUCCCUCUACGCCAAGGCCCUCGCUGGCCAGGACCUUAAGGCUCUUUUGUUGAACGUCGGUGCCCCUGGUGCCGGUGGAGCCGCCGCUGCCACUGGUGCUGCCGGUGCUGCUGCCUCCACUGAGGCCGCCGUUGAGGAGGCUGUUGAGGAGAAGGAGGAGUCCGAUGACGAUAUGGGCUUCGGUCUCUUCGAUUAAACAUUUUAAUGCUUUAAUAAAAUCAAACAAUAACCUUUUUGGCUUGCUUUGGCGACCUGCAAUGG